GCUUCUUAUGUAUGAAGCACCAUUUCGAGGCUCCAGACCCGUCCCCUCCCCAAUGAACGUACCUUCCCAAGCUCUUCCUGUCUGGUUACUUUGAUCAAGAGUCAUCAGUUCCUGACACUUUUUCCACAGUUUAAGUCCUGCAUUUCAGGAACAAACGUUGGGUACUAAGGAUCAUCUAAAUUAAAGUCCAAAAGAAAUGGCAGCUCCUCAUUCAUCUCAAGAGGAAACAAAUUUUGCCCGCUUAUCUCGACUGCUUAUAAACAUUGGCACUCAUGUACUAAGAGGGGUAUUUGACUCAAUACAUCCACCUUUAAAGCUGCAUUUGGUCUUGACCAAUGCUAGAAGCUUUACCAUUCUGAAACAUCUAAAGGCCAAAAGGAUCCUAAAUACGAAGCAGUGGAAUACAUUAUAUCCUAGUGUAAAGGGUUCUGUGAAUUCACAAACGUUUGACAUCACACUGUUAUUCCUCCUACUAAGGAAUCUGUGUGGAUUGUCACCGCCAACAACAGGAUGGACUGUAAUGCCUCCCAUAAGCGAUUUGAGUCUCGAGGCAGAUUUAGUUCGAAUAAAGCAUUACAGGAAUGAGCUGUUUGCCCACAUGCCGCAGAUGCACUUAACAAAUGCCGAAUUUUCGAAAUACUGGGAAGAAAUUUCUACUUUGCUGAUCAGACUUGGAGGAAGGCAAGUUGAGGCUGAUAUUAGAAGUCUUCUUGUCGAGGCAAUGGAUCCCGAUGAUCAGGAAUAUUAUAAUGGUAUCCUAAGGUCUUGGGAAGAACGUGACGAUCGAUUGUUGAAAGAAGUAUAUGAGAUAAAAAGAUUGAUAAUGCAAGGAAAUGAAAAUCCUCCGCCACUUCCGCCACCUCCGCCACCUUCAGUUAUUCAGAUGCAAAACGUUUUCCAUCCAGGAGCGGGCGUGGGAGCUGUAUUUAACGUUGGUGCAGUGGAACACGUAUCGAGCGAUACUCGAAGCCUACAGGUUAUUAAUGCAAGAGCAUUAGAUGCACGGUCAUCCAGCGACUCCAGUGCAUCAAGAUGUCUCACUCUACCAGAUAUACUUCCUCAGCAGCCACCGCCAGAUGAAUGAAAAAAAAAUCAUAUAUUUCUGUUUCUUGAUUUCUGUAGUUAAAUAAUAGACCUUAGCUUAGUGUUCAUAAACAGAUAUUGAGGAUAGGAGAAUUUGUCUGCGCGUAACUGGAAAUCUGUAACAUUUUAGCUAGAGUUACAUCCAGCGGGCGUUUACAUUUAAGUACGCAGUCUAUACCAUUUGAAAAUCUUCAGGUAAUAGACUUCUAACCUUUUACUUAAGUAUAGAUUUUUCAAUGCAUUGUGAAAAGAAAUCCGCCAUGUUUCGUCCCAAACAUAUCCUACAAUGCAUUGCGUACGAUACAUGACGUAAAAGAUUCAGAGGUCUAUUGCAAAAAUGUUGCCAUAAAAUAAAACGUUUGUGAUUUAGUUAAAAGGAAUUGAAUUAACAUUCAUUUAAAAUUCACGGUUAUGAGUAAAAGCCGGAGAGCCAGAGCAUAGUUACUCUGCGGUUUAUUUUUAAUUUUGCUUUUCUUGCCAAGCCGCAUGAUGAGCUUAGGCUCGAAAACUUUUAAUUAACACUAUGUAAUAUGAUACCUUCGGUAUGCGGAUUACAAGGGCUAGGCGCUAUAAGUACUAAAAGCUAGUGCUACAGUACUAAACAAACAUGCUGUAGUUCUGGCUCAUACCAAAAAAAACUAACCCGAACAACUGAUAUUUAAUAAGCGGCAACUUUCGCUCGAGUCGAUCGGAAAGUUUUUUCAAAGGUCAAUCACGAAAUCACCGACCAUAAAUGACUGCACCCAGAAAGGUACUAGUGAGAUAUUACGGAUAAAAACAGCUCUAGAAUUAUUUGUUCGCGGAUUGAUUACUGAUAAACUUUUACUGCGCUGUAGGUGUUUCUUCUUUCGAAAUUUUUUUAGCUAUAAACAGCCUCGACAUUGAAGAGCGCUGUUAGAAUCUCCAAAAAUUCCUGCCGAAUAGAAUUUUACAAGAUGUACAUGAAGCUUCAAUAGUCAUAAGGUUAAAUAAAAUAUUUUUUAUGCAUCUUUAUGCAUCAAAAACUG